CGUUAUUCAUCUCAAGAUGGCGGCUUUGAAGCGAUACUUCCGGGUUGUGUUCUUCAUGAUUGUUGUUUUCUUCUUCAUUAUUUGUUUUCAGAUCCUCGCAAGAAUACAGAAUGAAGAGGAGAAGUGGGAUCUCUUAGAGGGCGGUCUCUGGUUCGAAAAAAGUGUGGACUACGGAGGAAGACUUCUUGUCGGUGAAGAUGAGCUGGAUGAACAUGACAGAGACAACAUCGCCGUGUCAGAGAUGGACAUCAAAGUUCCCAUCAUCCUCUGGUGGACACCGUUCACCGGGGAGCGAGGUAAAGUGAAGCAGUGCAAGCUGGGAAAGUGUUUCUUUACUGUGGACAGGCACUUCAAGGAUCACCCUAAAACACAGGUUUUUGUGUUCUAUGGAACAGACUUCAGCCCUAAGGACCUCCCUCUGCCCAGGAAGACACACCACGAGUGGGCACUGCUCCACGAGGAGUCGCCAAAAAACAACUUCCUUCUCAGUCACGAGCCAGUCCUGAACCUGUUCAACCACACCGCAACCUUCCGCAGACACUCCGACUAUCCUCUCACCACACAGUACCUCGAGAAACUCCAAGACUUCGCGGACAAGACAUAUUUCGUACCGACGAAGACAAAAAAUUCUCUCCCUUUGUCUCCUGUGGUUUACGUGCACGCUGACUGUGACCCACCCUCAGACAGAGACAGUUAUGUUAAGGAGCUCAUGCAGUACAUAGAUGUAGACGCUUACGGACACUGUCUGCAUAACAAAGACUUACCCAAGAGACUGCAGGACCCGCUAACACUGUUCGAUUCAGAUUACUACAAAAUCAUGGCUCAGUACAAGUUCACGCUUGCCUUUGAGAAUGCCGUUUGCGAGGAUUACAUCACUGAGAAACUGUGGCGUCCUCUGCAUCUGGGCUCAGUGCCUGUCUAUUUUGGAUCCCCCAGCAUUAAAGAGUGGCUGCCGACUAACAGGUCUGCAAUACACGUGAGCGACUUCUCAGGUCCAAAAGAGCUUGCAGAGUUUUUAACCAAACUCAACAAUGAUGACGUGGAGUAUGAAAAAUACUUGGAUCACAAAUUCGUCAACGUCACAAAUGAGAAACUUAUCAAGCACAUGAAGGCGAGAGAAUGGGGUGUAAAUGACUUCACACAGAUGAACUUCAUUGACGGGUUUGAAUGUUUUGUUUGUAACAGAAUUCACAGAGACAUGACAAAAAGGAGAAGAAAUUUCGUUGUCAGGCAUGUGGCUACCAAAGAACACUAUGGCUGCCCAAGGCCCAAAUUACUACCUGGUUUUAAAAACCAGGGAAAACUGAACUUUUGGCAACAAAUGUAUGACAAUGCAGGGUUCAGUGCCAAAGCUUUAAACCAUUAUGUUCUAUCAGGUAGAAAUAUGUCAUAUGAAGAAUAUUUAUCAUAUAUAGAUAAACUACGAAUAGAACAAGAAGGAAAGAGACCUGAAUGGAUUGUAGAAGAACGAUAAACACAAAUGUAUAUUACUAAAAGUUAGUCCUUUUUAAAAUCUUAUUUAUAAUUGGUUUUAGUUAUUUUUGGUGUGAAGACAAAGAAGCAAUGUUAUAUUCAAAACCAUGCUUUAUCUGGAUAGUCCACGCCUAUCCAGAAACGUGCCUAGGGCAAAUCUGCAUUCCUGGAUAUCUGGAGACUGUCCAGAACCGUGCCCUAACCCAUUUAGUCACACAACUACAUUAAAUUUGUAGAUUGUCAUGGUUCUGGAAUACAACAAGCAAAGAAUGAACCUGGUUACCGACCAUGUUGUGUGAGGUCUAUUUCCAUGGUGGUGUAGAGAACAUGUUAGAAGCAAGUCUGUCGGUGGACUAAACUUAAAAUGAUGGGAAAACGGGCUACAUGAGAUAAAUUGUGGUAAGAAAGCAUUGCAGUAAGAAUUUUUAUGUUUACCGAAGGAAAACAAAUUCUUUUUGCUCUGUUUCCUAUUCUUCUUCUCCAAACACUAACCUCUGACCUGACCA